AUGUCAGGCUGGGUAAGUGCGUGGCUGCAGAACAAGGGCGAGGGCGACCACGAGAGCAAGAGCGAAAGCGACGCGUCACGAGGAAGCACGACUGCGCUUGGAGCUCAAGGUGCCGCGCCUGUAUCCGCUGAUGAGAUCCGUCGUAAACGGCUCGAGCGGCUACAAGAGCAGCAGCAUGUGACGCCGCCGUGUAUUUCAUCCAAUGAGAACACGACAAAGAAAACGCAAGAUCUUGACAUGUCCAUAUCAGCCAAUCAGAUGACUGCCCUAACCCCACCCGCACUUAAAGCUGAAACAUCUGAUAUGGUUUCAUCAGUACGUAAAAAGGGCACUUCACCUAAUGUUUACGUCAACAAUGUACUACAGCGCGUUCUCCGCGUGACGCUGUCGUCUGCUCGUAGCAGCAGCGACUUGCUGCUCUUGGAAGUCGACAUGGCUACAGACGAAGCGCAACCCAAUGAGCUCUUGAGUCCAGCAAACGUCAGUGAAGUGCUCUACGCUCGCGUCAUUCGGAAUCCGGCAGAUCUUCCUGGAGGGUCGCAGCAUCCGCUGGCUGCUGUGGCUUACCUCGAGCAGGUUUUCUAUCGCUGUCGAGACGAGAUGCAGAAGCUCCAGUCGUCGUUCGUUCGACUACCAGCUGAGAUCAAGGAGCAGACUCUCGAGUGUCUGCAGAGUAUCCGCGACAUGUGCGUGAAUUACAGUGCCACGGCAUUGACAGAUCCCGAGAUCUUCCCAUUUGAAGCAGGCACGAUCAAUGUUGAUGCAUUGGAGAAGAUUGUGAGAACACAGGCUAACGCAGAGACACCGGAGUUUGUUGACGGUGUUGUAGCCCAGCUGGAAGCGGGCAAUGCCACGCUGGCCGUGUUUGCACCUAUCUUCCAGAAAUUACUGUCGGAGCUGUUUCUAAUUUCACCACCGUCCCUGAUGUCCAAUUUUUACUCCAACAUGUACACACUCACGGUGUUGUGUCGCAAUAAGGCGUUGGCGCUAGUGUUUACGCAAAUUCCUGGAUUCUUGCUCACAGCAGGUCUACCUAUGACUGGUCGACGGCUUCAGGAUGCUACAGCGCUCGGAUUGUUACUGCGCUUUAGCUGCAAUCAGGAUCCAGCCGUCACGCAAAUGUUCACGAAUAUUACGAAACGCACGAAGAAUGAUGUGGACAGCUCGAUCCUGACUAUUCGUAACAAGCUUGAUAGCGUCCAGACGUCAGUUACGGAUAUCGUCACGUUGCUACUGAAGGCUGGCGCGCUCUCUCGUGAACGAGUACUGACAUGGUUGGAACAGGCAAUGCAGGCGAACGCAGAGCGGGCUAAAGAAAACCCGGACGUUAAUAUCACGGCAACGAACGGAAUGUUUGUCAAUCUGACGAUGGUGCUGCUAAAGCUGUGUGGUCCUUUCAUGGCUCCGAAGUCGAAGAAAGUUCAAUUCAUUAAGACAGAUUAUUUGGCUAGUCAAAACCCGUUGUUUCCAGCUGACGAGACAAGGUUGGUCGGUUCAGGUGCUCCAGAUGCAGAUAUGGCCGAAGACGACCGCCAGGUAGUGAACGCCUCUGACUUUCAUUUUGUCACGCGUUGCUACUUCAUCACAGUUCGGGCGAUGCACCUGGGACCUGUGGGCAUGAUGGGGCAAUACAUGCGUUUGCUCCGCCAACUUUCUUACUUUCAAAGUCGCAUGGGUGAUCAGAAUGCAGACCCUCGUUUGCGAGCACACUUUGACCAGAUGGCCACCACGAAAAUGAUUAUGGACGCCGAGCUCUUGCACCCGGAGUUUUUGCAUGAAAUGAUCCGCUUCUCUUUGCUGACGUGUGCAGUCGUGAACUCUAUCUGUACCGGAUUGGACAUGUACGACGAGCGUCCGGUGCUCGAUUUGCCACUGCCGACACCUGACACAGACGCGAAUGUUGUUUUGAAGCACAUUCCCGAGCAUUUGGUAGACGACUUGUGUACAACACUGAAGUUUGUAGCUCGAAUUGAGCCGAAGGCACUGAAUGCGUUCGAGCUGAAGGAAUUACUCAGGAUGAUCAUCAUUUUCCUAUCCAGCCCAGCAUAUGUGCACAGUCCUCACUUGCGCGCCAAGAUGAGCGAGGUCCUCUUCCAUGUAUUUUUACCAUCGGACGAGUCCGAUGAACGUGAGACUGCUGGAACGGCUUUUGGAACGGAACUCCUCAUGACGGACGUGUUGGCACAGCGCCAUCUUGCUCCGUGCCUGUUGGCGCUUUAUGGAGAUGUUGAGCACACAGGUUUUUACGAGAAGCUCGAACACCGCUACAAUAUCGCAUGUUUACUCAAGUAUAUGUGGAAGCUGAAUGGUCACAAGCCAGCCUUUCUUCUCAUCGCCAAAGACAAGGACAACUUUAUGAAAUUUGCGCAUGGGUUGAUGAACCACAUCAACAGUUUGGUAACAGAUGCGCUUGUCGCUCUACCUGAGAUCAAGAUGCUACAAGAAGAGAUGAACGAUACCACGCGUUGGAUGUCCCUUGACGAGACUGUUCGCGAGCAAAAGCAGAGUCUUUUGUCGGAUAAGGAGCGGACCGUCACGUCAAGCCUUCAGCUCGCCAAUGAGACUAUCCACAUGAUGUCAUACCUGACGUCUGAGAUUCAGGAGCCUUUCGUCGAGAUGCCGGAGCUUGAGGACCGCCUUGUGAGCAUGCUGAACAGCGUGAUUGUCAAGCUUGCUGGUCCGCGUGGCGUGGAGCUUAAAGUGAACAAUCCGGAGCAGUACAAGUUUCGCCCGAAGGUGAUGCUGAAGGAGAUCGUGGAGACGCUAUUGCACUUCGCACACUACCCAAGCUUUCUGGAAGCCGUGGCCACAAAUGGCUUCUAUGAUGGUGGGGUGUUCCGUAAGUGCGCCCAAAUUGUGGCUCGUACGCAGUUGUUAGACCCGAGCGACGUCCAGAAAUUCGGGACGUUUGUGGAAGAUAUCGGGCGGGCUGCUGAGGGAGCAGCGAUACGAGAGGAGGCUCUUGGCGAUAUUCCAGAGGAAUUUCUUGACCCGUUGGUGUGUACACUGAUGAAAGAUCCGGUACUGUUGCCUAGUGGGUACACGAUGGACCGAUCGUGCAUUUCCCAACAUUUGCUGAACGACCAGAGUGAUCCAUUUACCCGCGUACCUCUGACGGCGAGCCAAUUGCAAUCAAAUACCGACCUAAAGAUAAAAAUUGAGCAAUGGAUCCUUGAGCAGCAGCAGAAGUCUGCCGACUCGUAG